AUGUCGUCCUCGUCGCAGGGGAAUACCCCCACCAGCUCCUCCAGAUCUGGCUCUCACACGCCCCAGCAAAAUCCACCCUAUAGCCAAACCACUGCAUCCUUCUUUUCAUACCCUGUCAGCCACGUUGUUUCUGGUAUUUAUCGACGCCUCACGGACACCAGCAUAGCCACCAUGCCAUCAGCGACACCAUAUUUGACGUCUCCCGAAGUUUAUACCCCGCAUCGAACAGCCUCUCCAUUCCAGCCCCCACCCCUCACACCUCUCAACCUAACAAUACCAAAAGGCGACUUGCUCCAGCAACAGCUCCUGACAACUGCUUUAGCGGAGGAAAUACGAUUACUUGUUCCUCCACGCCUACAACUCGUCGAGAACUGGCGUCUUGCCUAUAGUCUUGAUCGCGACGGAGCCUCUCUGUCCACACUUUACGACAACUGUGACGAAUAUUCUCAUCGCAGCCCGCGGGCGGGCUAUGUCCUUGUCGUCCGCGACUCCUCCCCCUCUGGCGCUGUCUUUGGUGCAUAUAUGACCGAUGCGCCCCAUCCAAACACUCAAUUCUUUGUGCUUCCUCUGGCGGGCGAGCGUGCUCCCCCUCCUGUGAAUCUUGGUCUUGCAUUCCAAAGUGACGGUCCCCAGACAGAAGAAGCUCUUGAACGUGCCGGCCUCCCACCACCACCAUCCGCUGAUACCACCCACGCUGGACGAUGGAGUACUCUGCGCAAUGACACGCCGAAAUCGAAAUCUGGAUCGCCCUCUCAUAACUUGAACACGAAUAUCAAGAACCAUCUUGCGGCGGCGAGUGGUGGUGUUCUGUCUCCUCCGUCGCCAUCGUCUAUCAACAGCCCGGGAACUUCUAGCACCGGGACAAGAACACCCGAGCGCAUUCGCUUCAAGGCAUUUCCAUAUAGUGGAGUGAAUGAUUACAUGAUAUUUUGUGAGACUAGCUUUUUGAGUCUCGGUGGCGGUGACGGCCACUAUGGACUAUGGGUUGAUACGAGCCUUGAAAAGGGCGUCAGUGCAUCCUGUCAAACAUUUGGUAAUGAGCCUCUCUCCGACGAGGGUAUUAAAUUCGAUAUAAUUGGCGUUGAGGUGUGGUAUGUGGGUGCAUGA